AUGUCUGCGAGAGAUGACCACAGGAGGAAGGAGGAGGAGAACGAGAAGGGGAAGGAGGAAGACGAGGAGAAGGAGGAGGACAAGGAGGAAGACGAGGAGAAGGAGGAGGAGGGGAAGGAGGCGGGGGAGAAGAAGGAGAAGGAAGAAGAGGAAAAGGAGGAGGAGGAAGAAAAUGAAGGAGGUGGAGGAAGAGGAGGAAGGAGGAGGAGGAGAAGGAAGAGGAAAGGGAGGAGGAAGGAGGAAGCAGAGAAGAGGAGGAAUGAGAAGGAGGACGAAGAGGAGAAGGAGGAAGAAGAGGAGGAGAAGGAAGAAGAGAAGAUGAAAGAAGAGAAGGGGGAGGAAAAAGAGAAGGAGGAAGAAGAGCAGGAGACGAAAGAAGAGGAGGAGGAGGAGAAGAAAGAAGAGAAGAAGGAAGAACAGGAGGAGAAGGAGGAGAAAGAAGUUGUGGAAAAAGAGGAGGAUGAGAAGGAGGAAAAAGAGAAGAAAGAAGAGGAGGAGAAGGAGGAAGAAGUGGAGGAGAUGGAGGAGGAGGAGAAGAAAGAAGAGAAGAAGGAAGAAGAGGAGAAAGAAGAGGAGGAGGAGGAGAAGAAAGAAGAGAAGAAGGAAAAAGAGCAGGAUGAGAAGGAGGAAAAAGAGAAGAAAGAAGAGGAGGAAGAAGACAAGAUAAAAGAAGAGGAGAAGAAGGGGGAAGAAGAGGAGGAGGAGUUUUAUGAAGCUGCAGAGACACUUCUACAUCAGGACUGUUCUGACACUGACAAAGGUUCCAAACUGGAGAGAUUUCUGCAAGAAUUGAAGCUGAACCGUCACUACAAAGACAAGUUAUUGUUGACAGAAAUUCUCCAGAUCGAUGUCAAGGCUACAACAGACGAACCUGUCAGCUUUGUGCAGCAGGAACUGUCACUCAAAAUGUCCAUGUGUCAGUUUGCUGUUCCUCUGCUGCUUCCAAACUGUGACACAAACCAGUGCACACUGAUGCUGUGGGCUUUGAGAGACAUUGUCAAAAAGUACAGACCUAAAUCUCUCUCUGAAUCCAAGGGCUUCAAAGAAGAACGUGUCGUAAACUCUGAAAUCCCAAUGAUCUCGUUCGUGAGACUUGGUGAAUGCUCUUUGUCCAAGUCUGAGAUUCUAAACAAGCUCCUGAGCAACUCCCAGCAAUACCACGACACCUUUGUGCACCGCAACAUGCAGUGUGGUGACAACCCGAGAAUAAUCUCUAAUGGACUCACAGAACUUACUUGGGAAAUGGGUCAACUCUACGAGGCUUCAUUGUCUCUUCCAGAAGAAGACCCUUCACGCCAACAGCUGCAGCCCCUUCCCAAACUGUGUGCACAGCUUCUGAUUGAUGGUUUUCCUCUGGAGCUGGUGGAUGGAGAUGCCUCCAACAUCCCUCUCAGAUGGGUGAGUGAUGUUCUGACCCAGCUCCAUGAACUGGUGUCUCCUAACAACAAGAUUCGGGUGAUCACAGUCCUCGGAGUCCAGGGCACAGGGAAGUCCACUCUCCUCAACACCAUGUUUGGAGUGAAGUUUGCAGUGAGCAGUGGCCGAUGCACGAGAGGCGCCUUUAUGUUACUCAUCAGAGUCAGUAAAGAUAUGAAAGCUUCUCUCAAAUGUGACUUCUUAGUGAUCAUCGACACCGAGGGCCUCAAGUCUCCAGAACUCGCUCAACUGGACGAUAGUCACGAACACGACAACGAGUUAGCAACCCUUGUGGUUGGAUUGAGUGACAUCACCAUCAUCAAUAUUGCUAUGGAGAAUUCUACAGACAUGAAAGACAUCCUGCAGAUAGUUGUGCACGCUUUCCUCCGAAUGAAAGAAGUGGUCUACUGCAUCACCUCUCCCUCCAAAGACGAGCGAUUCAGGGCUGCCCCUCCCACCCCUCCAGGAUACCACGGCCUGUCUCUGGGCGACGUGGUGCCUCAGCGAGACCCUCAGCGAGACCCUCAGCGAGACCCCCACCUGAGGCCCCCCGACUACAGCGUGGCUCUGCAGAGGAGCAGGCUGCUACAGCGCCCCCUGGGGAGCAGGCCGGCCAGCAUCUGUGUCCCGCCACGAGGACUGGACAGUGACGACGAUGAACAGGUGUCUGCGGUCUAG